GGUCGCGUCCAUGGCGAUUGCGAGCUUAAAAUUUGUGUGCAAACCCAAUAUACAACUACGUCCGCCUCCAUUUCAAUGCAUUCGCAAGGUUGUGCCGAGAUAUGCCCCUUCCGUCGAGGCAGAGGAAGGGGUAAAAGAAGAAACAAAGGUUUCGGUUCUUGAAGAAGGAAAUAAGAAGGGCCCAACGUGGAAGAAACUGGAUUCCAAAGAGCUUGGAAUAAAGACUUCAAUGAUCACAAGCCCCACGAAAAAGGUUCUUAAUAGGCUGAAGAAAAAGGGAUAUGAUGUAUACCUAGUAGGAGGCUGUGUGCGGGAUCUUGUUCUAAAGCGUACACCAAAGGACUUUGAUAUUAUAACUUCAGCUGAGCUCAGAGAGGUGAUGAGAACAUUUUCAUGGUGUGAGAUGAUUGGCAAACGGUUCCCUAUAUGUCAUGUUCAUGUGGAUGGUACCAUUGUUGAGGUUUCAAGUUUUAAUACUGCUAGACGCAAGUUGGGUGUGGAUGCUUACCAUGACAUUAAAGGACCCUCUGGCUGUGAUAAGAAGGAUUACCUUCGAUGGAGGAAUUGUUUACAGCGAGAUUUUACGAUUAAUGGGUUGAUGUUUGAUCCUUACGAAAAAAUUGUAUAUGAUUACCUGGGAGGAAUGGAAGAUAUUAAAAAAGCUAAAGUGCGAACUGUAAUUCCUGCAAAUGCCUCUUUUCAGGAGGAUUGUGCUCGUAUUCUACGAGGAAUUAGAAUUGCAGGCCGCUUAGGCUUUGGCCUUUCCAAGGAAACAGCUCAUUUUGUAAAAAAUCUUUCUUACUCAGUUUUAAGACUUGAUAAGGGUAGGCUUUUGAUGGAAAUAAAUUAUAUGUUAGCUUAUGGUUCUGCUGAAGCUUCUUUAAGGUUACUAUGGAAAUUUGGACUUCUUGAUAUUCUCCUUCCCUUUCAGGCUGCUUAUUUUGUUCGCCAUCGAUUUCGUAGACGGGGCAAGGGAACGAAUAUGCUUUUGUCAUUCCUGUCCAAUUUGGAUACACUCUUGGCGCCUGAUCGUCCAUGUCAUAGUAGCUUAUGGGUCUGUAUCCUAGCUUUACAUAAAGCACUGAGUGAUAAACCGAGGUGCGCCUCAGUGGUUGCUGCAUUUAGUCUUGUGGUUCAUAACGGUGGAGAUUUGUCAGAAGCAAUAAGCAUAGCACGGAGGAUUAAUAAAUCACAUGAUGCGAGGUUUCCUGAAUUGUUAGAUCCAUUAAAUCUGGAUGACGAGGAAUUAGCGGAAGAGAUUGCGGAUCUUGGAGAUUCCGUUAAAGGUUCUUUGUUGCAGAUGACGGAUGAGCGAUUCGUGUCCCAGGCUAUGGCUGACUAUCCUCAAGCCCCUUAUUCAGAUCUGGUGUUCAUCCCGUUAGGAGUCUACCUCAAAGCUCGCAGCAUCUUUGACUGUGUGACAAUAGUUGAUGCUGCAAAGAGAUUUGUGUCAAAGCGUGGCAGAAAAAUUAAUUACGAGUCCUUAGCUUCUGGCGACCUGCGGGAAAUACGGCAUGUUUUUGCGAGGAUUGUAUUUGAUACUGUAUACCCUUUACGCCUAAUUGAUCAACAGUCAUAAAUGAGUACGUCAAGGCUAAUUUGAAGUUUCCUUUAGAAAUUUUGUGAGAAGAAUGAUGCAGGAUGCCAUUCUAUCAAGCAAAUCAGAUCAAUUUGGAAUGGAAUUAUGGUGAAAGGUUUGAUUUUACCAUUUAAGAGCUAUUGGAUUCCUGAAGAAAUUACCAUCUCAUGGUCUAAUUCCGGCGUUUCAAGUAAUUUUUACGUUUAAUCACGCAACCAGUGAUGAAGCAAGGGCACUUCACUGCCCUGCCAUAUGCAAUACCACGGAGUCAACGUAGGCUAAAAGGUCAUUUUUUUUCGGUUGUUUUUCUUUUGGGGGGGAGGUUAAACUUUAAAAAGUAACGCAUUCAUUAAUAUGUUUUUGGUAUACUCUUGUUAACAUCAAUUUAAUUUCUAUUUUAUGUCCUACAACUACAAUGUAUUCAUGCAUGUUAUUGUAAAUUUUACUUUCAAAAAAUAAUAAAAAUUUAUUAGUUGGA